GAAGUUAAAAAUGUAUUCAUCCGCGUUCACGUGUGUUCUGAACCGUGGGUUGUGAUCCGUAUGAAUCGCUGAUCAACCGUGAUCCGUUACAGCCCUACAGUUCACUCCGCAAUGAACAUCUGCUGAUUUACAGCAUCUAAUAUAGUUUAGGCUAUUUAGUGUAUAUUAAUGUGUGUGUGUGUGUGUGUGUGUGCGUGUGUGUGUGUGUGUGUGCGUGCGUGUGUGUGUGUGUGCGUGCGUGUGUGUGUGUGUGUGUCCUCAGAGAAGCCGGCUCCGCGUGAUGAAGACGAGGAUAAGAGUCAGUUUAAGUUGUUCCAGACGGUGGCGCUGUCUGUGGCGGUGGCUGUGGCCUACAUGAUGGCGAUGCUGGGGCUCAUGUUCUACUGCAAACAGAGACGCAGGAGCAGACACACGCAGAAAACACACACCGCAGCGGAGGCUGAGACCGAGUGUCUGAACGUUCCUCUGAAUGGCCACAGGGUGGCGGGGCUCCAGGAGGAAGUGGCUUUGACGGAUCUCAGAGCUUCAGCAGACCCUGAGAAAGAGCAGAGCUGCAGUGACACACACCAGUUUCCCAGAGCGCACCUGCAGCACAUCACCACACUGGGUCGUGGUGUGUUCGGCGAGGUGUUUCUGGCUAAAGCGCGCGCUCUGCUGGCCUCAGAGGAGCAGACGCUGGUGCUGGUCAAGAGUCUGCAGAGCUCAGAGGUGUGUGCGCAGAGAGAGUUCAGCAGAGAGAUGCAGAUGUUCAGCAAACUGCAGCACACACACAUCACACGGCUGCUGGGAGUCUGCACGGAAACACAGCCGCUCUACAUGAUGCUGGAAUAUGAGGAUCUGGGAGAUCUCAAACAGUUCCUGCAGAUCCAGAGCAGCAGCAGCAGCAGCAGCAGCACACACCCCAUCAGCACCAGAACUAAAAUCUCCAUCUGUGCACAGGUGGCUGAUGGGAUGCAGUAUCUGUCACAGCAGGGUUUUGUGCAUGGAGAUGUGGCUGCGCGGAACUGCCUGAUCAGCGGACAGCGGCACGUCAAAGUGUCUGCGCUCAGCCUCAGUCAAGACGUCUAUAAGAGUGAGUACUAUCAGCACGGGCAGCUGUGGAUCCCGCUGCGCUGGCUGCCGCUGGAGUGUGUGCUGCACAGGGAGUUCUCCAGUAAGUCAGACGUGUGGGCCUUCGCUGUGCUGAUGUGGGAGGUGUUCAGUCUGGCGGAUCUGCCCUACACACACCUCAGUGACGAGCAGGUGCUGGAAGGUCUGCGUGGUGGUGUGUUGCGUCUGCCUCCUCCAGCCGGGUGUCCCGCUCCGCUCUUCAGUCUGAUGCGCCGCUGCUGCUCCUCCAGUCCUAAAGAGCGGCCGGCGUUCAGUGAGAUCCUGCAGACGCUGACAGACGCACACACACACCCUAAAGUCUAGAGGAGUGUGUGUGUGAGACGCUCAGGAUGAGGUUAAUCCGCCUUAAUAAAGACACACUCCAUCAUUGACCCGUUCAGCCUCAGGGAAGCAGAAACACACUGACCUCUGCAGCGCCGACAAUCCAGACCACGAGCAGCUGACCAUGCUGGAGCUCUGUGUGUGUGUGUGUGUGUGUGUGUGUGUGUUUACUCAGAGGAUGUCACAUAAAGAGCAGCUCUGGUUAUCUUCAGUCACGUGGUUGAGAAACUGAUGAUAGUGACUGACAUACAUAGCUAUAGUACGAUUAACACAUGUGGACUAAUUAAUGAGUGUGUGUGUGUGUGUUUGUGUAAUUGUGUGUGAGAUAGUGUGUGUGUAUGUGUGUGUGAGAGAGUGUGUGAUCCUGCUGUUUCUCUGAGGUGCUCACAGGCUCUGUUACUGUAAUAAUUAUGCAACACCUCCGACUGCAGACCUUUCUGAAGCCAUGAUGAUGUGUGUGUGUGUGUGUGUUGAUGAUCAGCAGCUCUUAGUCAGUCCAGAUCCCGCAGAUGUACUCAGGUCAGGACACAGAAUGAGGGCUCGUUCACACACAGAAUGCGUCUUUUCUUCAGACAGCUCAGACUCAGAGCUCAGGAAGAAGUUCAGCAUGAAGCGUGGGUGUGUCCAGACACACACUGACCAACACUCGCAACAGUUGCCCCGCCUCAGAGCUCUUCUGAUUGGUCCUCUGCUGUGGAACUGACAGUGGUGAGCAGCGCUGUAUUUAAAGUCAGUAUUGAACCCCGGUGUCCUCUCCUUAUGUGUGUAUGUAUACAGUAGCGGCUGUUAGAAGCGAUGCGUCUGCACUUCAUUAUGAUGAACACAUUAAUCUGUCCUCAAACUUUAAUCAGACACCAAACCUUCCCCCUCACACUAGCUGCGCCCCAAAUCGCACACUUGUGCACUAUUCUACGCCAUGGUAUAGUAUAGUAGUGUGAGUCGUGUGUUCACACUGGAAACUCCAGCAAUAAUCAGAGCACUUUAAUAACCGGAUGAUGCUCUCGUUCAGCCGGUAUAACGAAGUGUGGACACUUCACACACUCCACGACUGCAGGUUUGCUCACGGAAGCAAUUAGCAGAAGAGGCGGAGCUAUCGGGCGCACGUGUUGGAUAACCAGGGCCGGAGCAAGCUGAACUGCCGCUCUAGGCAGAGGACGAUCACGCCACCCUCAACCCCAA